AUGGAUAGUCCAAUGGAUUCGGACCUAAUCGAGCGACAUGAUGGUGUGACUAUGGAAUUUGAAGAAUCAAAUGGAGAAGAACCAGAGGAGGUUGUUAAGAGCGGUGAGGGCCUCGUCUGCCAUCGGCGAAGCUCGAGGAAAACUCAAAACAAUAAGGCUCAAAACAAUAAUGAUAAAGAACACAAGGAAAACAAGAAUGAAGAAGAAAAAGUAGAAAAAAAAGAAGAAGAGAAGAUGGAGACUGAGCAAGAUCGUAAGAUCCAAGGCUAUUUUGAAGCCGCAAUAUCCGGUUAUCCGGGUCCACCAGCCGAUUACGUCCCACCGGAACUUGAACCACCGGGUCCAGACGCCACGAGAGAGGAGCACAUCGCCUAUGCCUUCCGGAAGCAGAAAGUUACAAUGCACUCCAAGGACUAUAUCCUGCCAUAUGUGAAAGAUCCGUCAGUGAAUGAAAAGAAGACGAUAAUGACCAUGCUACCCAAAACUGAAUCUCAGAUCAAGCAUCUCAGAUCAAUUUUUGAUGAAACAAGAGCAAAAAUGGAGAUUAGAAAAGCUAAUGGGGAACCGUUGAUAGAGGAGAAAGAAAUGGAGGAAGAGGAGGCGCCGAAGACGAAAAGAGCCAAGAAGAAUGGCAAGAAUCGAGCCAAAAAAGAUCGUCAGCAAUCGCGACAGACGAGACAAUUUCAGGACCCAAGUCAGCCAGGACCGUCAAAUCGGUAUUAG